GCGUCAGUCGCUUCCCGGCGCCGUCCUAGCGAGCAAGCAUCCUCAUCGGCCCUCGCCUACCGCGAACACGCCGCGCGAAGACACGCACUAUGCUUCGGUGAUGCUGGGCUAAGUGCAACUCAUUAUGUGAACUCUCAAAAAAACAAAAUUAAAAAAACUAUAAAAAAGCUUCCAACUUUUAUAUUUCUAAUUUUUUAACAGAAAAAAUUGAUAAACAGACAAAUUUGUUAAAUUUGUUUAAAAAAAUACGCCAAAUUAAAAGUUUUAAAGUGCGUGCUUGUGAGUAGAGGUGGACGGGUCGAGGGUGGACCAUAAUUAGCAAUGGAUGGUCCAUGGUGGAAAGAAGGCUUCUGGUUGAUACUCAUCAUCGCGGUAGUCGUGAAAGCCGAACCACCACCUGCGCCCAGAUAUAAUGAGCGCGAUCGAGAAGAUAACGUCCCAACGAGACGAUCAGGUUUGCACGUGUGCAAUACCCGUGCGGGAAGUUACUGCUGCCCCGGCUGGAAGAUGAACAAAUUCGGUCACUGUCAUAUACCUAUUUGUAUUACGUCAUGUGCGCCUGGAUAUUGCGUUCAUCCGAAUCUCUGUAGAUGUGAGAAUGGUACCAUGAAUUCGACUUGUGCCUCCGAACGAACUGUUCCUGGAGGUUGUAAAGCGAUGUGUAUGUUUGGUGGUACCUGCAGGGAUGGUAAAUGUGAAUGCGCACCUGGAUACACAGGAGAAUUUUGUACAGAACCGGUUUGCGUGGAAUCGUGUAAAAAUGGCGGGCGAUGUAUUGGACCUGAUCGCUGUGCUUGUGUUUAUGGUUUCACUGGUCACCAUUGUGAACACGAUCUUCGUACGGGUCCUUGUUAUACUUCCAUCAGAGGUAACCUCUGUGUAAACCAACUACAGGGAGUUGUCUGUACCAAAACAUUGUGUUGUGCUACUGUUGGAAAGGCUUGGGGACAUCCUUGUGAACAUUGUCCGAGUAGACUAGAAUGUGAUACUGGUUUUAUCAAGAACAAGAAGACUAAUGAGUGUGUUGAUAUCAAUGAAUGCGAAGCUAUUCCACAUUUGUGCCAUGGUGGUAGUUGUGUCAAUUCUAUCGGUAGUUUUGAUUGUGAAUGCCCUGAAGGCCAAGCUCGUAAUCCAGAUACAAAUCAAUGCGAUGAUCGAGAUGAAUGUCAAGAUGAAGGCAUCUGUGAAAAUGGUCGCUGUGUUAACACUGCCAAUGGAUAUUACUGCCUGUGUAAUCCGGGUUUCAUUCAAAGUCAAGAUCGUACUUAUUGUAUUGAUGGUCGGCAAGGUUCUUGUUACACUAGCAGAGUUGGAGACUAUUGCAGGAAUCAAUUAUCACAUAGAUUAUCAAAGAAAGAUUGUUGUUGUGGUGUGAAUAUGGGGCAGGGUUGGGGACCGGACUGUGACAGAUGUCCACAGCAUGGAGAAGAUGAACACAGGAUACUCUGUGCUGGUGGUAUUGGUGUCCACAAAACCCCCACUCCACAUGGAGGGUCAAUGACAACUGACGAAAAACAAAUUGGUUUGAUUUCUAUCAAUGAAUGUAUUCUGAGACCAGAUAUUUGUGGGGAAGGUCAAUGUGUUGAUACCAGAGAUGGUUACGACUGUGUUUGUAAUCCAGGAUAUAAACAUAAAGGAAAAUCAUUAAAGGAAUGCGAAGAUAUUGACGAAUGUCGUGAGGGAAAAUGUCAAAAUGGCCGUUGUACCAACACACCUGGAUCAUUUACUUGUAUCUGCCCCCCUGGUUUUGAUAUCUCUCCUGAUGGUAGUAUGUGUACUGAUCAUGAUGAAUGUAGUGAGAUUGGAAUGUGCACCAAUGGGAUCUGUAUCAAUAUGGAUGGCUCUUUCAAAUGUCAAUGCAAAAGUGGUUUUAAAUUGUCUCCAUCAGGAUAUGCGUGUAUAGAUAUUGAUGAAUGUUAUGAAAAUCCAAGAAUAUGCCUCAAUGGCAGGUGUGACAACACUCCUGGAUCUUAUACUUGCGCAUGUCUUCCUGGUUUUAUCGAAUCAUCCGACCGCACCUUCUGCAGUGAUAUGGACGAAUGCGCUAAUACAGGAAUGUGUAAUCACGGCCGAUGCGUGAACAUGGAAGGGUCCUUCCAAUGCGUUUGCGAUUCUGGUUAUAAACUAGGUCCUGACAAUCACCAUUGUGUUGACAUUGAUGAAUGUAUACACAAUCCUUGCACGCAUGGAACUUGCUUCAACUCGCCGGGUAGCUUCAGAUGCGAAUGUCAUGCUGGUUUUAACAUUGGGCCUGAUGGUCGCUCAUGUCUUGACACCCGUCGUGAUUUAUGCUAUCAACAAUACCGAGAUGGUCAAUGUCAAAACCCUAGUUCUAUUGCAGUGACGAAGAGUAGUUGCUGUUGUUGUACAAUUAUCUCGGGUCAACCUAUGGGUUGGGGUACCACUUGCCAACCUUGUCCUAUGCCCGGAAGCACCGAAUUUGAUCAAUUGUGUCCGCAUGGAUCUGGUCAAACCUUUGAUGGAAACGAUAUCAAUGAAUGUGCGCAGAAUCCAAGUAUAUGUUUGAAUGGUGCUUGUGAAAACAUGAUUGCAACUUAUAGAUGCAUUUGUAAUCCUGGAUUUAGAGUGGAUGAUACAGGAAAAGUUUGUACUGACAUCAAUGAGUGUGAAGAGGAGGAAUUGGUGUGCAGCGGUGGUCAAUGCAGAAAUACGCCUGGAAGUUUCCAAUGCAUUUGCCCAACUGGAACACAGCUCAAUCCAGUGACCUACGUUUGUGAGGAUAUUGAUGAAUGCCAAGAAUUGGGUCCAGAAGCAUGUUUUAAUGGAGAAUGUGUUAAUACUCACGGAUCUUAUAAAUGCGAAUGUGAUCCGGGUUCAGUCUUAGAUAACACCGGACGAAUUUGUAUUGAUAACAGAAAGGGUUCUUGUUGGACUAAGAUGAAUCAUGGCCGGUGUGAAAACAACCUUCCACAACUAUCACGUCGGCAAGAAUGCUGUUGUUCUAUUGGUGUUGCUUGGGGCUCACCAUGUGAAAGAUGUAAUAGAAACGAAUGUGAAUGUCCAAAGGGUUAUGCCAAGAUUGAUGGAAAAACCUGCGCCGAUGUCAAUGAAUGUGAACUCAACCCGACUAUUUGUAGAGGCGGUGGAACUUGUGUCAAUACUGAAGGUGGUUUUACUUGCACUUGCCCACCGGGAUUAACCCUUGAUGAAACAAGGACCCAAUGUUUGGACAUUAGAAAAGAACAAUGCUUUACACGAUAUAAACAUGGAAAGUGCAACAAUGCCAUCGAUGGUCUUUUUAGUAAAAACCUCUGUUGUUGUUCUUCUAUUGGUCGUGCUUGGGGCGAUAAAUGUGAAGCUUGCCCGAGAAUAGGUACAUCAACAUUCAUUGAACUGUGCCCAAGGGGGUCUGGAUUUAUUGAGCGUAAAGACAUCAAUGAAUGUACGGAGUUUCCUGGAAUGUGUCAAAAUGGUCGAUGCAAGAACACUGUCGGCACAUACAGCUGUAAAUGUAACAAGGGUUACGACUACGACGAUAAUCGAAUAAAAUGUAUUGAUAUUGAUGAGUGUAGCAUUACGACAGAGAAUGUUUGUGGUAACGGAGUGUGUCACAAUACUCCCGGUGAUUUUGAAUGCAAGUGUAAUGAAGGGUAUCAAGCCUUACCGCCAAUGCAAGUUUGCAUGGAUAUAAACGAAUGUGAAGAACAAAUUGGUUUAUGUAGAGGUGGUCGCUGUCUAAAUACAGAAGGAUCAUAUAAAUGUCAAUGUCCCCCCGGUCAUGAACUUGCAGCUGAUCAACAAUCCUGCAAGGAUAUUGAUGAAUGUUCACGUACCAGUGGAAUUUGCUCAAAUGGUGUCUGUGAGAACAUGAUGGGUACAUAUCAAUGUGUCUGUAACGAUGGAUAUCAACAAACAGGUCUAAAAUCUCAUUGUGAGGAUAUCGACGAAUGUGAAGAAGAACCCUGUGAUGACAUCUGUAUUAAUACCCCUGGUAGUUAUUCAUGUUCUUGUGGAACUGGUUACGCGUUACAACUUGAUGGUAGAACUUGUAAAGAUAUUGAUGAAUGCACAGAAAAUCCUAGGAUAUGUAAUGGUGGUCAAUGUAGUAACAUUAAGGGCGGGUACAUUUGUCAUUGUACUGAUGGUUUGAUACCAGGACCUGACGGUACCUCUUGCCUGGACGUUAACGAAUGUAAACAAAAUCCAAAUAUUUGCGGCAAUGGCGAAUGUGUUAAUACGUUGGGGUCCUUCCAAUGUCGUUGCGAAGAUGGAUAUUCUGUAAAACCUGAUGAGACUUCCUGUACUGAUGAAGAUGAGUGCGAUCUUGGAAUCUUUAAUUGUCAUACUUUUGCUGAUUGUAUCAAUAAUCCGGGUUCAUAUCAAUGUCGAUGUAAUGAUGGUUUUACCGGUAAUGGAGUUUCUUGUCGUGAUAUUAAUGAAUGCUUGACCAAUAAUGGGGGGUGUGACCAAAACGCCCAGUGCGUCAACACCGACGGAUCUUUCAAAUGCAUCUGUGAUGCGGGUUUUAAAGGGGACGGGUAUUCUUGCGUUGAUAUUGAUGAAUGUUCUAAUGACCCUACUCUAUGCGAGAACGGUCAAUGUUUAAAUCACCCAGGAGCGUUCCGAUGUGAAUGUGAAAUGGGUUUUAUUAAUCCAAAUCAAUCUAAUGAACAAUCUUGUGUUGAUAUUGAUGAAUGUAAAAUGUUUGAUCAACUUUGUAUAUUUGGAAAAUGCGAGAAUACCUUCGGAAUGUUCCGUUGUGAAUGUAACGAUGGAUAUAAACUUGAUUCUUCCGGCGGUAAUUGUACAGACAUUGAUGAGUGUGAAAGUCCACAAAGUUGUCUAUAUGGCAAAUGCUCGAACACAAUGGGAGGAUUCCAAUGUCUUUGUCCACCAAAUUAUGAGCUUGUAGAAGAAGGAAAUGCUUGUAUAGAUCGUCGAACCUCAAGGUGUUACCUCCAUGUUGAUCUCCAACGUCGUUGCGCAGAUCCAACCGCUGACUACGUAACGAAAGCAGGAUGCUGUUGUUCUGUGGGCCGCGCAUGGGGACCUACUUGUGAGCUGUGUCCUUCUCAUGACAGUAAAGAGUAUCAAGAACUCUGUCCAGGCGGAAUGGGAUAUCACCCAAACUCGCAAACCGUCGUCCUCGAAGACAUCGACGAAUGCGCCGAACACGAAAAUCUAUGCGAAAACGGCCAUUGCACAAACACUUUUGGUAGUUUUAUGUGCUCUUGUAAUGAAGGUUUCAGAUUGGACAAUUCGGGUGUUAUGUGCGUCGAUAUUGACGAAUGUGCUGAGAGUCCCAACAUUUGUCCUGUUGGGCAAUGUGUGAAUGAAGAUGGUAAAUAUUACUGUGAAUGCCCCGAUGGUUAUAUGCCUUUGCCAGGACGACGGGAAUGCGUGGAUAUGCGGAAAGAUCUUUGCUUCUUGAAUUACGAACGCUGGACGUGCUCAACUCCAAUGACUCAGAAUCAGACUAAAAAAGUGUGCUGUUGUUCCAUGGGUCAAGCGUGGGGACAACCUUGUGAACCGUGUCCUAUUCCAGGCUCCACUGAUUACAUUGGACUUUGUGGUGGUCGACCAGGUCAAAUUGUCAAUCAACUCACAAACAGGACAGAAGAGAUAAACGAAUGCGACCUUAUGCCCAACAUGUGCAAUCACGGGUCAUGUAUGAAUACGCCUGGAAGUUUUGAAUGUCAAUGUAAUCGUGGUUAUUCUUACGACAUCAAUUCACAUCAAUGUAUUGAUGAAAACGAAUGUGCUAGAAUACCAAGCCCAUGUGAAGGAAAUGCACAAUGUGUUAACUUACCAGGUAGCUUCGAAUGUCGUUGUCCCGAAGGAUAUAAACAUGGAUCUAGUUUCAUGGACUGUGUCGACAUCAAUGAGUGUGUUGAACGACCUCAUAUUUGCACAAGUGGAGAAUGUAAGAACCUGCAAGGUAGCUUCCAAUGUAUUUGUCAUCCGGGUUAUGCCCUCACUCAACUGAGAGAUAACUGUGCCGACGUGGAUGAAUGUGCGCGACAUCCGAAUAUUUGCAAUGAUGGUACUUGCGUCAACAUCAUUGGUUCGUACAAAUGUCAUUGCAAUGCUGGUUUUAAGUUAAGUCAUAACAAUGAUUGCGUGGAUGUGGAUGAAUGUCAUAUGAUGCCGUUCCUUUGUCGAAACGGCCGCUGUCGUAACAACAUUGGAUCCUUCCAAUGCGAAUGUGCUUCCGGAUACACUCUCACACAAGACAGACAUAACUGUAGAGAUAUAGACGAGUGUCACGAACAAGCUGGGACUUGCCCCACGCCCGGAAAAUGUCAAAAUAUUAUGGGAUCAUUUGUGUGCUCAUGUCCGGAUGGAUACGAAUUGAGCUCAGUGACAAAUAUCUGCGAAGAUAUUGACGAGUGUGAAACAAUGCCAGGUAUUUGUGAGAAUGGUGUUUGUACGAAUACAGAUGGUGGUGCAUUCUGUACUUGCCCAGAUGGUUUCAUUUUGAAUCAACAUUCAAUGAAAUGUGUCGAUGUUCGCCAAGAACAAUGCUACGACCACUUCUUUAACCGCAAUUGUUCUGAACCGCGUGGAAUGCGGAUGACAGCAAAGGAAUGUUGUUGCUCUAGAGGUGCUGCAUGGGGUCGUCAUUGUGAGGAAUGCCCAAGAGAAGGUUCCAGUGAAUUUUUGAAACUAUGUCCUGAAGGUUUAGGAAGAAUGGAUACUGGUAACGACAUCAACGAGUGUGAACUCAUGCCAAAUGUUUGCGAAAAAGGUGAUUGUGUUAAUACUGACGGAUCCUUCAGAUGUGAAUGUCCAUCGGGUUAUGUACUUGACAACACAGGUAUGAAGUGCAUUGAUGAUAACGAAUGCAUUAGUAAUCAAAAUGUGUGUGGUAACGGCACAUGCAUCAAUGUUGUUGGUGGAUUUGAAUGUUCUUGUAAUGACGGGUUUGCUCCGGGACCAUUGCAAGUCUGCGAGGAUGUAAACGAGUGCCAUGAAAUUGGCAAUCAGUGUGGCUUCAGAUGUCAUAAUGUACCAGGUUCAUUUAGAUGUAUUUGCCCGUAUGGAUAUACUCUGGCACCCGAUGGACGACAUUGUCAGGAUGUGGAUGAAUGUAUAACACCAGCUAAUAACUGUAAAUUCCAAUGCAAGAAUCAAAUUGGUUCGUUCAUGUGCGUGUGUCCAGAGGGUUACACUCAGGUGGGAAUGACUGACGACUGUAAGGACAUCAACGAAUGUGUAGUCAAUUCUGGCUUGUGUCCGAAUGGGCAUUGCGUGAACAUGCAGGGAUCCUAUCGAUGCGACUGUUUCAGCGGGUUUGAACACAGCGAGGAUGGAAAAUCCUGUAUAGACCGUCGACAAGGACAUUGCUUCAGACAAUUAAUCCAUGGCAGGUGUACGGCAAACACGAGGGAAAUGAAAACUGCAACGCGUGCAGAUUGCUGUUGUUCAAUUGGACAAGCUUGGGGACCAAAUUGUGAACCAUGCCCAUCGAAAUUUUCCCCGCAAUAUCAAGAUUUAUGUUUGGAGAUUGGUUUUACUGUUGAUGGACAAGAUGUCGAUGAAUGUGCAACAAUGCCGGACCUUUGUAAAAAUGGACGAUGUAUCAACACAAUGGGUUCCUACAGGUGUAUUUGCAACAAAGGUUACAAGACUGAUGGUUCCGGCCUAGCCUGUUACGAUGUUAACGAAUGCCUCCAAAAUCCAUCCCCGUGCCAAUACAACUGCCAGAACACGGAGGGCAGUUACGUCUGUUCCUGUCCCGUGGGAUAUUUGCUCAAUCCCGACGGACUUACCUGCCGGGACUUGGACGAGUGCGCUACCGGCCAGCACAUCUGCCAGCACAAUUGCAUCAACAUUCAGGGCAGCUAUCAGUGCUCCUGCAGCAAGGGAUAUAAACAAGAUGGCGAUGAUUGCUUAGAUAUCAAUGAAUGCAAGGAAGGCGUUUGUCCAACACCAGGAAGAUGUGUUAACACCAGAGGAAGUUUUAAAUGUAUUUGCCCACAUGGUUUCAAACUAGACGAAACCGGAACUUAUUGUACCGAUGCAGAUGAGUGUUUGGAUGAUACAAAAUGUCAAGAAGGAUGUCAGAAUUUAAUUGGUGGUUACAAAUGUGGAUGCCCAGAUGGGUACGUCCUGCACCCGCACUAUAAUCACUGCAUCGAUAAAAAUGAAUGUCAGGAUAAUCCCUGUGGAGCAAAUGGUAAUUGUUUCAACACGCUAGGAAGCUAUCGAUGCGGAUGUCCGGAGGGGCAUCAAUUUGAUCCACGCAUGAACAUUUGCAUGCAGAUGAGUUCGGUGUGCUUUGGAGCACCGUGCAGUUUCGGUUGCACGCCUGGCUCGCAGGGAUAUUCGUGCCGGUGUCCACAGGGAUAUCAAAACAUCAGCCCGGGUCAUUGCAUCGCGACGAUAUCGCCUCCAGCGGGCGGCUAUCGGCAGGAAAUAGGAAACGUGCCCGUUUACCCGGUCGGUGGUGAUGCUCAGUCGAGUACCGACGACAAAAUCAUCGGUUCCGAAGGCUGCUUCUCCUGCAAGCUGAAUGGGCGCCAUCGGCGCGAGUCACGUCGGCAGCGGGCCCUCCUGGGGAGCAACUCUACUGAAGCCAUCGAUCAGCUACUGCGAAGACCGCGCGGCAACGGCGUCAAGCGGAAAAUGCGAAGAAUGAGGCGGCACGGCUACGGCGAGGACAUCGAGUUGAAGAUUAAUUUAAGCCAGACCAAACACCGUAUGCGAAUUGUCAAGAUACAACCAUCUGUUAAAAAAGAAAUGGAGUAUAAGCUAGUAAAGGGUACAGACCUUCAUAAGUUUGAGUUAUUGAAGAAGAACGGCGUGUGGGCGUUGCAUUUCAAGCGACGUUUGAAGCAUCCGGGCAAGUUCGACAUCGUGAUUCACGGCAGGCCGAUUCGCGACGCCGAUAAAGAGGAUGUGACACCAUCGCCGGAAGACAGUGCCGUGACAACGACGACACAAAGCAACGACGCCAUUGAAAACGUAGCGUAUGAAAAGCCGCUUACUCUAAAAGUGCGCCUGAUCGUAAUCGAAUAAGAGAAAAAAAAAACACAAAAAUAGGUAAAAUGUCAAUAAAAAGUGCCUUUUAAACACAUACAUAUUGAAGCCAUGGCUUAACAGAGCCAAAACAUGAAAAUACUGCCAUAUCCAACUAGUUCAAAGCGCGCAAUUGGAAUAAAUUAUUUUUUGCUAUCGUAGUGUUCAAAACAAUAAGGGUGUUCAAAUUGUAAUCGAAUGUGUUCAAUGAUAAAAUGCUUUUAUAUAUAAUUACAUUUUUAUAAUAAUAAUACGAAUGCGUCAAUUUAUCAAGAUGCAUUUAUUUUUGACAAUUAGUUGUAGAUAGGAACGAGUUCACGUAAAAUAGUAUUACAAAAAAAAAUACAAACACACGACAUGUUAAGUUAUACGUAUAGAUGAAAUUAUUCUUUGGUUGAUUGAAUAUUUAUAAUUAUGUAUCUAAUAAUUAUUAUAUUUUAUUUGUAUAGAAAAAACAGUGAAAGUUGAUACACGAUUAUAGAGAGCAAUAAACAAUACGGUUAUGUUAAAUAUUCAUUAUUAGGACAAUAAGAAGGAUGAAAGCGGAUGCCAUAAUAAUGGCGCCGAAAACGUUGAGGGCGCCAUUCGAAGAUUAACGAUCGACGCUUGAGAUGAUUAAUUUUUGACGAAGCUGUAUACCUAAGUUACCCAACAUGAUAAAUUGUUUAAAUUUAUUGCUUUACAAACUGAAAAAUAAAAUUUAUCAAAGAA